UCGCUGUGGGAGGAAGGCUGGAUAUAGAAAGCACAUCCACUCGCAAGAGAAAGGCAGGCUCACAAAACCAACUUUGUUUCUCCUAGCUCCCAGCCAAGCAUUUCUGAUAACCACAGCUCGGGGAGGGCUGUAAUUUCUCUGUUUUAUAUAUAGAGAAGACGAGGCCGGGCUGGAGGCGAGCGCUAUAUAAAGGGGCUGCCCGGCCCCGCUCCCCCAGCCAGGCUGGUGCAGCAGGAGAGCCCCGGGGUGCCUCUCUCCGUGGCCAUGGACACGUCCUACCCACGGGAGGACUACCUGCCCAUGACGUCCCACAAGCGGGACCUGUCUCCCACCGUCGUCACCAUCGGUGCCUCUGUGCCGCCCCGUGACCACCUCAUCUGGUCCAUCUUCAACACCAUCUACAUGAACUUCUGCUGCCUUGGCUUUGUGGCUCUUGCCUUCUCUGUCAAGGCACGGGACCGCAAAGUGGCUGGGGAUGUGGAAGCUGCUCGGCGCUUCAGCUCCAAGGCCCGGUGCUACAACGCCCUGGCCACCGCUGGGAGCGUGGUGCUGCCUCUCCUGCUCGCUGCCCUGGUCGUCACGGGUGUCCUCCACCUCUCCAAGCUUGCCCAGGACUCCGUGGGCUUUUUCAGCUACCAGUUCAACACAAGCGACGAUGAGGACAAGUGAUCGGUGGGUGAUGGGCUGAACAAAGUUCCUUCGCAGCACUGGUGGCCUCCCGAAAAAGGACUGCCAGCCCUGAAUAAAAUCCUCAUCCAGCCCACCACCCCCAGCCCUGCCAUGCCCAACCCCAUGCUUCUUUGGGCAGCUAUGUUAUUUCUGUUUACCUUGUGUGGUUUUGUUUUUUGUUUGUUUUUUAAACCCUGCCUCCUGUGUGGACUACAGCACUCCUCCAGCCUCAGUGAUUACUAUUUAAAUCAUUAAAACAAUUCACCCAUUACGAA